AAAUAUGUACCGAUUUUGGGUACAAAAUAGUACAAAUAUACCUAUUUUAGCUGGCAAGUCUACCAAUCUCGCUCUAUGACGUUCGAGAUCACCAAGAGAUCACUGGCAGCAUUAUUUUACAGUGACAUUAGCUACUGUCAGUUGGUUUCGUCUAAUAAAAAUACGAAAUACGACUAUACCUACUUAUGUUUACAAUUGUAUCAAAAUAACAAUCUUAAUAUUUUCAAACAAGUACGGUGGUACAGCGGUUUAUACAUAUUUACACUAAUAGAGACAAUGUAUAAAUAAACUAGAACAAAUAAUAUUACUAUAGAUUACUUAUACCGAGAAUUUUAAAUUUAUUGUUUACAAGUUGAGAAUGUUGAAAAAUGAUUAAAAACAACCAAAUAAUUUGGCUUGCCGAAACCAACAACUUUUUAAUUAGCACCGAUGACAGUGAUACAGACAGUUUCAGUCAUGUAUCUAAUGUCGAGGGAAACUCUUCAGAAAUUGAGUGGCCUGAUGAUGAGGACGAUGAAAUUUUUUUUCCUCCUAUGCAAUAUUUUAUAAGACUAAGAAGAAGACGAGUCGAUGAUUAUAUGCAUAUUAUAGAUUCAUGGACUGACGCCGAAUUUAAAAAUCGAAUGAGAUUAUCAAGAAAAACAGCAUUUCGUCUUAUUGGUGAAUUGGACAAAUCAGGAUUCAUUGCAUCACAUAAAUUUGGACUUAAACCACUCGAGUCAAAGUUAUGUUUUUACAUAUUUCUAACAUUUAUCUCAAAUACUGAACCCUUAACACCAAUUGCUACCCGUUUUGAUAUUUCAAUAUCAUCAACAUUUCGUGUCAUAAGAAAAGUGGCAUCAUGGAUUUUGACAAAACUGAAUGAUGCCAUAAGAUGGCCACAAGAUUUUAAUGAAAUACAAUAUAUUUGUGACAAUUUCCAUUUAAAGACUGGAAUCUCAAACAUUUUAGGUGUUAUAGAUCGUACCCACAUAAGAAUAGAAAAACCUAAAAAUGCUCGAGAGUACUGUAAUCCCAAAGGUCACUUUUCAAUAAUUUUGCAAGCAACGAUUGAUUCACAAUUGAGAUUUACAAACAUCUUUUGUGGAGAACCAGGCUCAUCCAACUGCACUCGGGCCUUGAAGAAAUCACCUUUAUAUCAUACAGCAACUCAUGACAGAAAUUCUUUGUUUCCACACAAUACAUUUUUAAUAGGCCACUCAGGGUAUCCAUCUUUACCAUGGCUAGUACCACCAUUUAGAGAAAAUAAAAGGCUGACACCUCAACAAAGAGAAUUUAAUGCAUUACAUGCAUCUGCUAGAAAGUUGGGCGAUAGAGCUUUUAUUCUGUUAAAGGCUAGGUUCCGCAGAAUUAAAUUGUUUACUGUUUAUCGAAAUAUAGCUUUCAUCACAGACAUGAUUGUAGCUGCAUGUAUACUCCAUAAUUAUUGCUUGAAUGAAAAUGAUCAUUUAGAGGUUAAUCACGACUAAAUAAUAUACAGUGCUACCUCAA